AUGGAGAGCGCAGGCAACGGCACAGAGGUGGAUUACCGGAGCCCGAUCCCCGUGCUUUACAGCAACAACAACAACAGCUUGUGUAUGAACUUCGCCAACGGCAACAACACCACGAGCUUCGCGGAGGCUCGAUGUGAGGGGGAGCGCGUGCUGAACGGGAUGGAGGACGACACGAACCCGGUUAUCAUAGCGAUCGUGAUCACCGCUCUCUACUCCAUAGUGUGUGUGGUGGGGCUGGUUGGGAACGUGCUGGUCAUGUAUAUCAUUGUCAGAUACACCAAAAUGAAGACCGCCACCAACAUCUACAUCUUCAACCUCGCCCUGGCCGACACCUUGGUCACCAGUACGCUGCCGUUCCAGAGUGUUAACUACCUGAUGGGGACCUGGCCAUUUGGGGACGUGCUGUGCAAGAUGGUUUUGUCUAUUGACUACUACAACAUGUUCACCUCUAUCUUCACACUCACCACCAUGAGCAUCGACCGAUAUGUCGCUGUGUGCCACCCAGUCAAAGCACUUGACUUCAGGACACCACGCAACGCCAAGAUUAUCAACGUUUGCAACUGGAUUCUCUCCUCUGCCAUCGGGCUGCCUGUCAUGUUCAUGUCGUCCACCAUUGUCACCCGUAAGAAUGCACACUCAUCCUCCAGCAUUGUUGACUGCAAGUUGAUUUUCCCCCACCCUUCCUGGUACUGGGACACCCUGCUGAAGAUCUGCGUGUUCAUCUUUGCGUUCAUCAUGCCCGUCCUCAUCAUCACCGUCUGCUACGGCCUCAUGAUCCUGCGACUCAAGAGUGUGCGCAUGCUGUCGGGCUCCCAGGAGAAAGAUAGGAACCUACGUCGGAUCACCCGCAUGGUCCUGGUGGUGGUCGCCGUCUUUAUUGUGUGCUGGACACCCAUCCACAUCAUUGUCAUCAUCACAGCUCUGAUCAACAUCCCCAGCUCCACAUUGCAGACCAUCACCUGGCACUUCUGCAUCGCCCUGGGUUACACCAACAGUAGUCUGAACCCAGUUCUUUAUGGCUACCUGGAUGAGAACUUCAAGCGCUGUUUCCGCGAGUUCUGCACACCGAGUCCUUCGGUGCUGGAGAUGCAGAAUUCAUCCCGCACUGGAGCCACUAGCCGCAAGAUCCAACAACGCGACCACAUCACCUUGGAGGGGUCGUCGGUGGACUCUCACUGUUGUGGCAGUGUUGCCAACGACGAUCUCAACUCAGAGGUCACGCAGGUCACCACAGGGCUCUGA